GGCACUUUUGUAUUCUACCAUCUGAUACACCCGCUCCCGUCGUGGUGUUCUGCUGUAUUAUUGUAUAUACUGGAUAGUGUGAUUCACUAACUAGUCACUCGGUUCCACAACCUACACAGACCUACAAGAGUAUCACUAUCUGCUAUAUAUAUAGCCAAUACCGACUACUACAGACUACUAUCCAGAAAAUACUACGUCUUACCUUCUAUACCAUCUGUCCCAUCUACUGGAUCCGUCCCACACUAUCUCCAAAUGCCUGACCGUCUAAUAACACGUUCUGAACCUUCGGGCAGACAUGAGGGCAAGAAACACAUUAUCAUAGUGGGAGCCGGUAUCAUCGGCGUGUGUACCGCCUACUACAUCGUAAAACACCCCAAGUUUGAUCCCAACAAGUUCCACAUCUCGAUCAUAGAAAGCAAGAGAGUCGCUGGUGGAGCCUCUGGGAAAGCUGGAGGACUUCUUGCUCUUUGGGCUUUCCCCCAGCAGAUCGUCUCCUUAUCCUUUGAGUUGCAUCAGAAGUUGUCCAACUUGUACAACGGUACCGAAGAAUGGGGCUACAGGAGAUUAACCACUGUGUCGUUAGAAGGAGAUAUCAGCCACUUGGACUCAGACGAAGAGGGCGAGGACUCUAAAAUCACCUUCAGAAACAAAUCGUCACGAGCCACCAGAUCGUCGUCUGUCGUUGCGGGUUCUACCACCAAGACCAAACUUCCCCAGGACUUGAACUGGAUCACAUCAUCCCUUAUAGAAAACUGCACAACGUUGGGUGGAACAGACACAACGGCCCAAGUACAUCCUUACAAGUUCACUAACUUCAUUCUCAAGAAGGCUGUAGAAGACAGUCAGGGUGCUAUCGAACUCAUCAUUGGUAAAGUGAACGAAAUUACCUACUCUGUUGAAACGGGUCUGGCUACGGGAGUAACAUAUCAACCAACCAGCAUCAAAGACGAAGAUAAAAACAGACAACCCAUCGACUUGCUAGGUGACCAGAUCGUUUUGUCCGUGGGCCCCUGGACAUCAAAGAUCUUGCCUGAUUGCCCUAUAUCAGGAUUAAGAGCCCAUUCCAUCACCGUUGCUCCUUUCAAGGACCAACCAGUUUCUCCAUAUGCCAUUUUCACCGAAUUCAAAACAGGUGCGUACUCUUACAUUUCUCCAGAAAUCUAUGCUAGACAAGAUGAAGUGUAUGUCUGCGGGGAAGGAGACUCUGCUGUAGAUGUUCCAGAAACGACUGAUGAUGUCGAAGUAGUUAAGUCCAAGUGUGAUGAGUUAUUCAAACAAGUGGGAAAGAUCUCUCCCAACUUGAAGAGGGGCCACAUCUUGAAGAGACAGGCUUGCUACUUGCCUGUUUUGGAUGUGCCUUCUUCCAGUGGUCCGUUGAUAGGCGAGACCAAUGUCACCAACUUAUUCCUUGCAUCUGGCCAUUCGUGUUGGGGCAUCAACAAUGCUCCGGGUACCGGCAAGAUAUUGUCUGAACUCUUAUUGGAUGGCGAAGUGUCGUCAGCAGAUAUUUCUGCCUUGGACCCUUCGUUAUAUUUCGAUGCCAGUGUGUUGGUGGAAGAUGACGACGACGAUGUAGAAGAUCUUGACGAUGACGAUGAGUUUUACGAAGACGAAGAUGAUGAUGACGAGGAAGACGACAUUGACCCCUUGAGCAAUGGGUAUAGCCACAAUCUGGCAGCCAGCAAUGGCCGUCGAGCAGAUGAAGAGAGCUCAGAAACCGGCCCCUCCGAUGCAGAAUGGUCCAAAUAGUAAAUAAAGUAAAGUAAAGUAAAGUGAGCAUAAAGAGGUUCGUUCAACUUGCAUAUAUAUCCUUUCCUCGACUUUUAAUUGAUAAUUUAUGUUUUAUUUAAUUUGAUUUAACGCUAUUAUACAUGAGC